AUGUCGUCAUCAAUCAAAUUUCCUGAUAAACGAAGCGACUGCAGGGGCACCGAUCGCAAGGAGCUCCUAAAUGCGGAGACUCGCGUGGACGCGUCGUGGCGCGGUCCGCGCUGUAACAGGCUGUCAUGCAGACGGGAACUUGCUCUUCAAUUUUUCAGUGCGGAGUGGUUAGAGUUGAGUAAACUGGUUUCCCCAACAAGGACUUUAAACAGCACCCGGAAGACGUGCCGAAAGCUGCAGUUUUCCCAUCCUAAGGAUGCAGUUUGUUUUGUGGGCGAGCUAAGAUGGAUCAGAGUUAGUUUCUUUUGGACGUGUAAAGUCUGUCAGCUGAUACGUUGCUGUACUCCAGGCACAGCCCUGCAUUGUGGGAUUCUACAGAGGUUAGGACUGAAAAAACACCUAAAAGAGAGCUACGCCUGUUAUCAUUCCACAUCACGCCUGGCUUCAGAGAACACGGAGGGGGCCAAGCCCAUCAAGAAACCGAUCAAUCCCGCGAUGGACACGCCGAGCCAUGACCUGCCACGCGAGCUGUUGCUAAGCCACAAACGGGUACUGCAGUCGGGAGAGAAGCCGGAGCUGCAGCGGAGGCUGGAGCAGAGGAGAAUGGAGCAGCACAGGGAGCAGGAGCAGGCCCUGCAGCAGCCCUCCGACCUGGAGCAGGAGCUCCGCAAGAGGCAGCUCAGACUGCAGGAGUACGAACAGGAGGAGGUGAAGAGGAGGUUGGACCAGGAGAACAUUCCAGAAUUUGUGCGGGUGAAGGAGAAACUGCGGCACAUCCAGACAUCAGGACAGUGAGGUGAUGGGAACGCCCAUGAUCCCCAACCCCUGAUCCCCCCAAUGCUGCCCCAAGGAUCAUAAGCCCCACCAGACAGCAUCACAUUCACUAGUUUUAGUUUAGUUUUAGUUUAUUUAUUUGACGAUUCACUUUAAAAGGACAAUUACAUGGUUGCAAACACCAAUGUACAUGCACAAUUAAAAGAGCGUCAAGGAUAACACAAAAAAGUCACAAGACUUAUUUCCAUUGUGGUCCUUGCUAGACACUAGACACACCUGUGUUAGUUACCUUUAUACAGAACCCGGUGGCUGAGACACAAAGGAUUCUGGGAUACCAAGGAACUGUUUCUGCACUAACUCUCCCAGCUGACCAAGUUUGUCCUCCAUUGAGAAAUCUGAUAGUGUCAGUCCCAGACACAGCCAUCCAUCAAUUAUCUAUACCCGCUUAUCCUGGGCAGGGUCGCGGGGGGUGCUGGAGCCUAUCCCAGCAUGCAUUGGGCGAGAGGCAGGAAUACACCCUGGACAGGCCUCUAAUCUGUCGCAGGGACGCAUACACCCUUCACUCACACACUCAUACCAUCGGGUAAUUUAGAGUCUCCAAUCGGCCUACCUACAUGUCUUUGGACUGUGGGAGGAAACCGGAGUACCCGGAGGAAACCCACGCGGACAUGGGGAGAACAUGCA